AUGAAGCAGAUAAUCAGGGCGCUCUUGGCCUUGCGCCUUGUGUGUGAUGUAGUGUUUGCGCAAGAUAAUGGAGAACCUAGCGUGCCCUGCAUCGAUUCAUCAUACGGCAUCUCCUUGGAUACUGGUGACCUGAGCCUUCCUGGUAUUGGUGACGCCAGUCAUCCAGCAGUCUCACAGGGACAGGUCCCCUCAGUGGAAUCUCCAGCGGUAUUUCUGCCUAGUUCCCAACCACAGGACGGCUGGCCUGCAUCAUCAUCAUCACCACAAUCCACGCCAACAGCGUGUUUCGGAAGUCCUGAUCUCCUGCUAGACGACCCUCUCUUUGGAUCAAGAUUGUUAAAUAAGCCCGGUCGACCUCCCGCUCAACACCUCGGACCUGCUCAACACCCUAGUCCUGCUCAACAUCCCGGUCCCAACCAGCCCAUGAACCCCAGCCAUCAAUUCGGUAUUUCGUACUCGCCAUACCACGCAGACCGAUCGUGCAAGUCCCAAGAAGAAGUCAAUAGGGAUCUCGACAGACUAGGAGACUACCCGUUCGUCCGAAUCUACGGAACCGACUGCGAUCAAACCGUCAAAGUUGCCCGCUCUGUACGACAACGCAAGAAACAAGUCUUUGCCGGAGUCUACGACCUAGCCGAUCUCCCAAAAACCCUCCAAGAAUAUCGAAAUGCAGCCACUCUCCCCGACGGCCGUCGAGACUGGUCCGUUUUCCACACCAUUUCCAUCGGCAACGAGCUGGUCAAUAGCGGGAUGGCAUCUCCCGCGGACGUGAUCGGGGCGCUGAAUCAAGCCCGGACUAUCCUUCGCAAGGACGGAUACCAGGGCCCCAUCGUCACGGUAGACACAUUCUCAGUCCUUCUGAAACACCCUGAGCUCUGCAAAGCGUCUGACUACUGCGCGGCGAAUUGCCACGCCUUCUUCGACGCGAACCAGCACGCGUCAACUGCAGGUCCGUAUGUUCUCGAGCAAGCGCAUGCCGUGUCUGCCGCAGCUGGGGGCAAGCGGACCAUGAUCACAGAGUCCGGCUGGCCGCAUGGUGGGAAUCCGAACGGUGUUGCUGUGCCGUCGCCGGAGAAUCAGCGCAGUGCGAUUGAGAGUAUUCGGCGGAGUUUCGCUCAUCGCGAGGGGGAUCUCGUGCUGUUCACGGCGUAUGAUGAUAUGUGGAAGAAGGAUAACCAGUAUACGUUCAAUGCGGAGCGGUUUUGGGGUAUUCAUCAACAGUAG